AUGAACGACGUACCGCCCCCUCCCCGUCCGCCAAAGAACAUGCGCCUCCGAAACCUCGUGCCGUUCAUCGCGGGCGCCUCGGCCGCCACAGGCGCCCCAGUCGACAAGCUCGGCGACUCGACCCUCGCCGAACCAACUCCGCCCUUCGAUCCGCCCACUGCGCCCCUCAGUCCGGCGCCCAAGCUCUCCCCCUCCAAUCCCCCGGGGUACCAGGACCAGAAAGCCUGGAAGGUGAUCCAGUCCCACCUUCCGCUCUCGUAUCAACUGAACGCCUCAACCCUGCCCAGCGAGGAAUGGUGGGACUGGUCCGGCCACAAAAUCCAUCUGGACAGGUACCCCAACCCCAGUGCGCCGGUGAAGGUGUUCCUCUUCCACGGCGUGGGCACGAACGGGCGGCAGAUGAGCACGAUCCUCGGCCAUCCCUUGAGUGCGCAUGCCGAGACGGUCGCAACCGACAUGCCGCUGUAUGGCGUGACGCGAGUCGCACCUGGUCACAUUGUGUCUUAUGACGACUGGGUGGCGGCCGGCGCUGCGUUCGUCGACUACGAGCUGGCCCGCGACACCAGGCCGAUCGUGCUGUACGGCUUGAGCGCGGGCGGCAUGCUGGCGUAUCACGUCGCGGCGGCAAAUCCGAAAGUCAAGGGGAUCGUCGGCAUGACCUUCCUCGACCAGCGCAUCAGGGAGGUGCGCGACGGCACGGCGCUGCUCCCCGCCGUCGCGCAGUUGGGGUACCCCAUCGCCGGCGCCGCCUCUUCGGCCGGUCUCGCAGGGCUGCGCAUCCCCAUGGCGGCCGUGAGCAAGAUGUGGGCACUCGUGAACGACAAGCCAACCCUCAAAGACUUCUUCCGCGACACGACCUCCGCCGGUAACAGCGUGCCGCUCAAGUUUCUGGCCAGCUAUGCGAGAUACGCGCCCAAGAUCGAGCCGGAGGAUUUCACGGUGUGCCCCAUCCUCCUGACGCAGCCGGAGAAGGACCGCUGGACGCCGCUCGAGUAUAGCGAGCUGUUCCUUGAUAAGAUUGACAAGGUUAGGGUGGAGAAGAAGACACUACCGGGGGCGGGACACUAUCCUAUCGAGGAGGAAGGGCUGAGGGCGCUCAAUCGCUAUGUGCAGGAGUUCGUGCUCCAGGUUGCCAAAGAGGCGGGGACGAUUGCCUGA